UGCCUAGCUCCAGCUCCAGGCAGCCACAGCAGCCUGACUGACUCCAGGAGCAGCUGGUGGCGCCUGACCUCACGAUGACCAGGUGGGCUCUGCUGGUGCUGAUGGUCCUGAUGUUGGGCAGAGUCCAGGUUGUCCUGGUGACCCCUAUCCCAACCUUUCAGCUCCGCCCUCGGAACUCUCCCCAGACCACUCCCCGACCUGCGGCCUCAGAGAGCCCCUCAGCUGCUACCACACGCCCCUGCGCUGCCCAGAGCCGCUGCAGCCCCACCCGGCACCCCGGCUCACACAUCGUCCUAUCACUGGAUGUCCCCAUCGGCCUCUUGCAGAUCUUACUGGAGCAAGCCAGGGCCAGGGCUGCCAGGGAGCAGGCCGCCACCAAUGCCCACAUCCUGGCCCGUGUCGGCCGCCGUUGAGCCUGAGGGAGGGGGUUACAGUGAUGGGGCCACCCUGGAUGGGAGGACCUGGGGGGCAGCCACACAGCUGGACAAAUGCUGCCACAUCUGGGCAUACAGUGUCUGGAC